AUGGCUUAUUGGACCUCGGUAUUCUUGAAGCGUUGCGACAGGGGAACUCGCGAAAGGCAAUUGGCGAAUCUGAUGGACCCGACGUGCUGCAAGGGAACUCGUCGAUGGCCUAGAGGUUGUGGGGUCGUGGAUUUCAGCGGCAGUUGGCGCUCAUAUUCGAUAUCGCCGAGGGUAUUACGAUGCAACGCGUCGGAAGGCUGGAUGAGCAACCUGAUACCGUCCUGGUCCGCUCCCGCAACAUCGGGAAAGGUUCUCGCCACUGCCUCCUGCUUCACUGCCUUGAAUAACGUCAAGAACGAAGCGCCGCGCCUUGUGCUCGUUUACAGAGCUGUAGGUCUUAAAACUACUGAGACGGUCGAGGUGGAGCAGUGCAAUCCUUCUGGAGGUCCUUCUCAUCUCAAGAACGAACCGAUCUACUCAUGCAGAUGGCACUUGUAUCAACCAAACCGUUGGACAUAUACCAUGCCCUCGGACGAGCUUCAUUGUGCCUCACUCAGUGCAGUGUUUGCUACUGCUGGGGUUGCUGGCAACGGAACUGCUGGUGUACCGGCUCCAUGGUGUGCAUUCGAGAAUUCUCUUUCGUGCUUCAACCCGUUGGGUCCCCGCCCCGUUGCUUCAUCGGUCAGCUCCUAA